AUGCUCAGAUGGGGUGGUCGCCGGCCCAACAGCCCUGUUUAUGGCGUGACGGUAGUUGGCCUUGAAGCCCGUUUCUUCAUAAUGCGUGGAGGAUCGACAGUGUUGAAUGACUAUGGAGCCACGGUUGAGGCUGUAUCGGUGAAGGAAAAUGCUGCCAGAGUUCAGGAGAUCUUGUCGGAUAUGAAAAUUCGUAUUAAACAAGAUGUGUAG